GUGUUUCUGUGUUUCGAACAGUUUGAUUUUCAAAUGAAUACCAACAUUUAGCUGCAUUUUUAUUGUGGAAUAGACAGAUUGGGAAGUCAGCUAGUAAAAGAAGUCCACUUCCUGCCCAGCGGUCAGCGAGUGAAGAUUCCCAGCCGACAGGAUGGGUGAAAGAAAAGGAGUUAACAAGUACUACCCCCCAGACUUUGACCCGGCCAAGCAUGGCUCUCUCAAUGGCUACCACAAGACUCACCCUUUGCGGGAGAGGGCCAGGAAACUGUCCCAGGGCAUCCUCGUCAUCCGAUUUGAGAUGCCCUACAAUAUAUGGUGCGAUGGCUGUAAGAACCAUAUCGGCAUGGGGGUCCGAUAUAAUGCAGAAAAGAAGAAAGUGGGGAAUUACUACACUACACCGAUAUACAGGUUCAGGAUGAAGUGCCACCUGUGUGUGAACUACAUUGAGAUGCAGACCGACCCAGCCACCUGCGAUUAUGUCAUUGUGAGUGGAGCCCGCCGUAAGGAGGAACGUUGGGACAUGGCCGACAACGAGCAGAUUCUCACCACAGAACACAGCGAGAAGGAGAAGCUGGAGACUGAUGCUAUGUACAAGCUGGACCAUGGGGGCCAGGACAAGGAGAAGCUACGUGCUGCCAUUCCCUCCCUCUCUGAGUUGCAGGAGCAUCAGUCCAGUUGGAAGGAUGACUUCCUACUAAACAGUUCCCUUCGCAGGAAGUUCAGGGUGGAGAAGAAGGUGAUGGCAGAGGAAGAGGAAAAAGACAACGCUGUGCGGAAGAGGACAGGUCUGUCCAUCCCACUGCUGCCGGAGAAAGAGGAGGACAAGAGACUUGCAGCUCUGCUGACCUUCCAGAGUGCUGACUCUUACGAGGACAGGAAGCAGAGCAAGAGAAAGGAGAUAUCGUCACGCUCGUGGUUCUCUUCUCCCACGGGGACACAGUCCGGGGCUGCAGGCAGCCUCUUGCAGAAGCUGGUGCUGACUGGGAAAGGGACACCCCAGAGAGCCCCGGGCCCCCUCAGUCUCAUCCGCAAGAAGAGCGACGCCGACAGGCCUGCAGUCGCCGCCACGCUGGCCCGCAGGAAGUCUGACCCCGGGGCCGUCAGCACCGCUGCUGCCACACAAGGAAAGGCCGAGUGUGGGACCUUAGAGAGAGACGAGCCCAACCCUGAGACCGGGGGGACUGAUUCUGCUGUAACACAGCCCAGUCGGAAAGAUCAGGAGGCAGCAGCAAACGAAGCUGGCACAGAAGCCAACGUCCACACCACAGACAUUGUUAAAGGAGAUGGAUGCCCUGAAACAUCAGGGGCUUCUGGGAUAGAGGAGGACUGCGAAACUCGCCCAAAUACUCUGAGAUCUCUAGUCGCAGACUACAGUGAUUCAGACUCUGACCCAGGACCUUGAGGCAGCUGGAGUUGCCAGAUGGGAAAUUUGUACACUAGACUUUGGGGUCUGACAAGUGGAAUUAAACUUGCUUUUUGCAGAGAUUAAAUGUACAAAAACUGCAGUGUUGUGGACACUGUAAUAAUUAACCCUUUAGCAAAUUGUACUUAAGACUAAUUUAAUGUGAAGUCAAUAUGCCAAACCAAGACCCAUACAAACUUUCUUUGAAAUUUGUCAUCAAGCUCGCAGUUGUGUGCCUGAGAAAUUGUGGUAGUGUUCAUAUCUGUGCAUGUCAAAGUUUGCUUUUAAGACACUGUGAUGUUUGAUGUAUCAGACAUUUCUGGAUGGCUUUGAUGCCAGUGUAAAAUAUUUUUAACGUAGUCUAUGUAUGGAGUUUUUCUUU